AUGUCGUAUUUAUUCGAUGAUUGGGUUGAAAUCCUUCCUCUUAACUUUAUUUCUCCAAUGACUAUUGGGACUCUUGGACUUCGAAAUCAACUGUCAGGGGUAGCAAUUCCGCUUGACGUUUCAACUACACAAUCUCAUUACAUUAUUCGAGCUGAUGUCCCAGGCAUUCCAUUAUCCGAUAUUUCCGUAGAAGUUUCUGAUACGGAUGUAUUAACUAUUUCAACUCAUCGUAAAAAUGAAGUGCAAAAAAAUGAUAAAGAUGAGGAAUCUAAAAUUAGUGAAAGAUAUUAUGGGAAGUUUGUUAGAAAUCUUAAAUUUCCAAAGGAUAGCAUUGUGGCUGAUGGCAUUAAAGCUGAAUUGGCUAAUGGUGAAUUGGUUAUCAAAAUUCCUAAAAAGAAAAAUGGAAAUGAAAACAAGAUUAUUAAAGUUUUUCAAAAAGGAAAAUUGUGA